AUGGUGGCCAGAGUGUCCAAGGCAACAACACAAGUUACCAAACCAACCAAGAAGGCGGCGGUGCUGGUAACCAGGCCAACAGCCACAGCGGGCGGCGACCACCAGAACCAGGGCGGCGACCACCAGAAUCAGGGCGGCGACCACCAGAACCGCGACAAGAACCAGGACGGCAAUGACAAGAACCAGGACGGCAACCAGGACAGCAGCAACAAGAACCAGGAGGGCAACCACCAGGACCAGGGUAAUAACAGGAACGAGGGCAACAACCAGGGCAGCGACAGCAACAACCAGGACAGCAAGAACCAGAACCAGGACAGCAGCCAGGGCAGCAACAACGCAAACCAGGGCAACAACCAGGGCAGCAACACCGAGAACGGGGACAGCAACACCAAGAACGAGGGCAACAACCAGGGCAGUAACGGCAGUAACCAGGACAACAACCAGGGCAGCAACAACGCAAACCAGGGCAGCAACAACGAGAACGAGGGCAACAACCAGGGCAGUAACGUCAAUAACCAGGACAACAACCAGGGCAGUAACGGCAAUAACCAGGGCAACAACCAGGGCAGCAGCACCGAGAACCAGGGCAGCAGCACCGAGAAUCGGGACAGCAACACCGAGAAUCGGGACAGCAACACCGAGAAUCGGGCCAGCAACACCGAGAAUCGGGACAGCAACACCGAGAACCAGGGCAGCAAAACGGGCAGCAACACCGAGAACCGGGACAGCAACACCGAGAAUCAGGGCAGCAACACCGAGAACCGGGACAGCAACACCGAGAACCGGGGCACCAACACCGACAACCGGAACAGCAACACCGAGAAUCAGGGCAGCAACACCGAGAACCGGGACAGCAACACCGAGAAUCAGGGCAGCAACGGCAAGAACCAGGGCAGUAAUGACGAUAACCAGGCCAACAACCAGGGUAAUCAGAUGGGCUCAUCGAAGGACAAAAAUGCAUCACCACAAUCAACUUCCUCCGCUAAUGAGGGCAACAACCUUUUAGACAAUGGAGAAAGCCCUGGAGAGGAAGAGGAUGGGGCUAAAGAAGGCAACGAUGCCUCCUCCUUUAAUGAGAGAGAGAAGAGCAUCCCUUCUCCUCCCAGGGACCAGUCAGAGAGCAGCCACUUCUUCGCCUAUCUGGUGACCACGGCGAUUGUCGUUGCCGCCUUAUACGUGGCGUAUCACAACAAACGCAAGAUCAUUGCUUUUGCUCUGGAAGGGAAAAGAUCGAAAAGCGGUCGACGGCCCAAAUCUGGCGAUUAUCAGAGACUGGAUCAAAAGAUCUAG